GAAACACAAAGAAUAGAGAGGAGAUAUAUAAUAGAGACAGAAAAUGGCCAUGGCAACAAAGUUAGUUUCUUCCUUCGCGGCAAUUUUCAUCCUCUUUUUGGUUAUCUUUGAAGUGUCGGAGAUAGGAGCGCAAGAUAGCGAGUGCUUGAAAGAAUACGGUGGUGAUGUUGGUGCUGCUUUCUGCGGGCAUAUGAUAUAUCCGACGAUUUGUUAUACAAAAUGCCGCGAGAACAAAGGAGCUAAAGGUGGACGAUGCAUUUGGAAAGGAGCCGGUAAUUUUAAGUGCUUCUGCGACUUUUGCAGCAAUGAACCUGGUCAGAUUAUAAGUGGCAUUUGACGAAUUCCACAUGUGUGAUGGUUUAUGGAAUAAUAAAGAUGAAAAUGGUCCAAGUACUAAUGUAGAAUGAGAAUGCAUGUAAGAGCAUCUC